AUGAGUGUACCAAUCAGUCAGCAACAGCAACUAAUCAAAAAAUAUUUCAACUUGCUAGUCAAGGAGUUCAUUACCGACCCAAGACACAAUGAGGAUAUCCGCAUAGUUUUUGAAAAAGAUUUAGGCAGUGAAGGAAACGUUACAACCUUAGGUAAUACUGAGAGAAGUGGAGAUGAGGAACAAUUAAGGGGAACAGUAGUUCAUGAGUUCACCCACCUUUAUCUUUAUUCUACGGUUGGCAAACAUGACCAUGAUGACCGUUUUUACUCCACCAUGGAAUAUUUGGAAAGUUGGCUUGACAAAAAUCAGAAAUUAAGUCCUCGGGUUGAUAAAAGUGGUGACCGCUACCAGUAUGUGGGCGAUAAUAGCGAGACUAACGAUAAAGAAAAUACUUGUCCGGAAUGCUCCCAUGCCAUUCCUCACCAUUCCCCCCAAUGUUCUCAUAAUCAAAACAAUCCUCGUCCCACUAGACAAUCCAAGCCAGGACAAAAUACAGUUAUUACUAAUGACCCCCAAAAAGCGGCCGAAUUUGACCAGUUAAUGAAACAGUUGGAAACUAGUCAAGACCUCGCGACCCUCGAAACCACUUAUCAAAAUAUAAAAGAUAAUCCUCUUUAUGGUAAUAAUAAAAAAUCGCUAGACAAUCUUUAUGAGUUAAAAAAACUCUUUUUGCAGUCUUCAAGUAAUAAUCAACGUUCAUCAACUAAUGACCCUGCUUUAAAUAAGAGCGGACUAGGCAGCAGAGAAUAUUUUCUGAUUAU